CCUCACCCCUUUUCAUCCCUGCCCCAUCCCUGUGCCUGGACCACUCGCUCUCUGCAGCCCCCAGCUUCAGCCUCAUCCUCGCAACAUAUCAACUGAGAGGGGUGCUCUCAUUGACCUGCAGCUAAGAAAAGCAAACGACGAUGUCCACCAGCGAGCGCUUUGACUGCCAUUAUUGCAAAGACUCCCUGCUGGGGAAGAAGUACAUAAUGAAAGAGGACACGCAGUACUGCACUAAGUGCUAUGAGAACCUGUUUGCUAACUGCUGUGAGGGCUGCUCUUCACCAAUUGGCUGUAACAACAAGGACUUGUCCUAUAAGGAUCGCCACUGGCACGAGCAGUGUUUCAAGUGUGCAAAGUGCAGCCGCUCUCUGGUGGAAAAGGCUUUUGCUGCCAAAGACGAUUUGUUGCUCUGCACUGAAUGCUACGCCAAUGAUUAUUCCUCCAAGUGCACCACCUGCAAGAAAACCAUCAUGCCAGGUUCCCGCAAAAUGGAAUACAAGGGGAACAGCUGGCAUGAGACCUGCUUCCUGUGCCACCGCUGCCAGCAGCCAAUAGGAACCAAGUCCUUCAUCCCAAAAGACACCGGCUACUUCUGUGUGCCCUGCUUUGAGAAGCAGUUUGCUUACCAGUGCUGUGCUUGUAAGAAGGCCAUCACAACAGGUGGAGUGACCUACCAAGACAAGCCCUGGCACCGCGAGUGUUUCCUUUGCAUUGGCUGCAGGAAGCAGCUGUCGGGUCAGCGCUUCACCUCCAGGGAAAACUACCCCUACUGCCUCGAAUGCUUCAGCAACCUGUAUGCAAAGAAGUGUGUGGGCUGCACCAAGCCCAUCACUAGUCUGGCAGGAGCCAAGUACAUCUCUUUUGAAGAGCGCCAGUGGCACAGCGAGUGUUUCACCUGCAUGCAGUGCUCCAUGUCUCUGGUGGGACGUGGCUUCCUCACCCAGCGUGACAACAUCUUGUGCACCGACUGCGGCAGGGAGAAGUAACCUUUCCAGGGUUCACAGUCACAACCAGCCUUCGUAUUCUGGUUCAGAUUGUGCAGUCAUGAAUAUUUCAUCUAUGCAUGUCUGGUACAUUAGUACUCUCUGAAUGCUUAUUUUGUUGUUAUAAAUGACCAUUAGUUCUCCCACAUUGCCCACACACAGAAACCUGUGAUAUUUCCAUAAACAUAAACAUGGAGGUUGCCAUUGUUCCAUUGUUGAUUUGUGUAUUCAGUGAAAUGUCUGUCCUUUUCCUGAAAUACUUUCAGUUUUGACAAAGAAAAACAAUAUGUUGCACACAUGUUAGAGCUGAAGGCAACAGGCGACUGUCGACUGACAGAAAUGUACUAAUAUUCUGAUGAUCAAUCACUCGUUUGGGUAGUUUUCCAAGUAAAACUCCCAAACAUUUGCACUUUUUUUGUCUUAUAUGACAGUAAACUGAAUAUCUUUAAUUUUUUUGACUGGAUUAUCCACUAUAAAUAAUGAAAUAUGUAAAUAUGAAAAAGUCAGAUGUUUAAUUGAUGAUGAAAAUUAUUGUUUGUUGCAGCUCCCAAACACAUUUCUGUUUAAUCCAGCUCUGACUUUCUUUACACAUUUUGUAUGCAUAGUAUACAUUGCUUAUGAUUGCAAUGCAUGAUUUCUGCUUCUCUUAGGCAAAAUACUUAAUAUGCCAAAGGUUAUUCUGUUGCAGUAAAGACCUCUCUAUGAAUAUCACGCUGAAAUGUCUAUCACCGUCUGCCUGCUGUGGCUCAUCCUGAUAUGUCUCCAACAAUGCCAUCCCGAGGAGUCAUCUGCAUAUGUCAUUGUAACAAAUAUAGCUUUGAUGGUAGGUUUGAAAUCCAGAUCUUUUUAUGACCAUACUGUCCCCUCUCGGUCACCCUUUAGACAAUCACUGCUGUAAAACAAACCUCUAGUGUGUUUCUGUUGCCUUUUGACCUCGUCGCACCCAGGACAUUCACGUUGUAAACAAACAGAGCGACCAUAUAUGGGUAGAUCAGCAGAUCACUUGCUCUCCAACUUGUCCAUUAUCCACUAACCA